AUGGCGGCGUCGGCUCAUCGAGUUCGGAUUGUGCUGGCCAAGUCGGCCAAGGUCAAGCAAGCGACGGCGGCGACGAGACCAGAGGCGGAUCCAUAUGCAACGGCGCUGAGCCGCAGGUAUCCGAGCGCCGAUCUGGUCUUUGCGCCCAUGCUCGCCAUCGAGCCAGUGGAUGAAGCGACGGCGACGGCGGCUGUGCAUGCGGCGCAGGCCACAGCGGUGGUGGGGGUGGUCAUGACGUCGGCGGCGGCGGUCGCUGCCGCUGACGCGCUGCCUGCAGUCGCAAAGUGGAAGCAGAGCCUGCCAGCGUGGACGCUCGGCUACGCGACACGGAGCGCCGCAGCGGAAGCAGGGUGGACGCUCGCGGCAGGCGACGAGGAGGUUCCGGCUGGGACGGCGUCGAAGCUGGCGACCGCCAUUGUUCGUGCGGUCGCCCCCGGCUCGCGGCUGGCCUAUCUAUGCGGGGUGAAGCGGCGUGCGAGUCUCGAGUCUGGCCUGGCAGAAGCGGGCCUGGGAGUGGCUGCAGUGGAGGUGUACGAUGCCGUGUCGUCGGCAGAUGCACUGGCGAGCGUCACAGCCGACACGACAGGCUGCGAUCGGCUUGCUGUUGUGUUCUUCUCGCCGCGCGGUGUGACUGCCGCUGCAGCCGUUGUCCACAGCCUCGGCUCUGAUGGAACAGAAGUAGUAUUGGUGGCCAUCGGCCCGACGACCGCGGCUGCCAUCGCCGCCCUUGAUCUUCCCAGCUUGCCGGUGGCUACAGCGAGCGAGCCUACUCCGGCCGGCGUUCUCGCCGCCCUUGAUCGGCUGCUGGGGGGCCAUCAAGCGAGUGACGGAGAGUCCGAGUCGUAGGCCGACUCCCGCUGCCUCCAACCGGCUUGAGCCAAUUUCUCGAUCAUAGCCAUGGCAAGGCCCGCUUGUGACCGAUCUGCGGUGCAAUACGGGAGUCUUACAAAUGUGCAGGCCUUGCAGAUACCGGGCGGACCGCCUGGCCUGGUCUUGGUCGGUGCCAGAGCAGCUGAGAAAUAGUACACACCGAACAAAUAUAUAAGGAACGAAACGAA